AAUAAGCGCCAACACACUCACGGAAAGCACCACGACCUUUCAUGCUGCGAACAGCCGGAUUCUGUUUAUCUAAUGUGUAUUUAAAAUGCUUUAAGAGUAAAUAAGGUGUGUUUAUGUGACAGUGAACAACAGAGCGGACAUGUUUCGGUGCUCGGUGGUGUUUUGUGGAAGAGGAGCCGCUAAAAGGUUCGCCUCGUCGUUCUCCAGUGAGAGCGCUCUGCCUCCCAACCUGCUGCUGCCCACCAACCUGGUGGAUCCUGCCAGGUUAAGGCGCGGCCCCCCCCCCUCAGACUCAGCCCUCCCUCUCCUCAGCAGGUGUGAUGCUGUGGUCCCUGCUCACCUGAGGCCCCUGCAGACGUGGGUGGAGACCCUGGAGCGUCUAGACGCCGAGCCGCUGGGUCUCACUGAGCUCCACCCCGACGUCUUCGCCGCGCAUCCCAGGCUCGAUAUUCUCCAUCAGGUUGAAACAUGGCAGAGAAACUUUAAAAGAGUGAGCCACGCACACACUAAGGUGAGGGGGGAGGUCAGAGGGGGAGGAAAGAAGCCGUGGAACCAGAAGGGAGGUGGAAGAGCUCGACAUGGAAGCAUCCGGUCGCCAUUAUGGAGAGGAGGUGACACUAAACCAGCAGGUGUUCUGUGUUCCUCAGGUCUGAACGUGCACAGCAUGCUGAAACACGAAGCUCUCGUCCUGACUCUGAACACCGUCAGGUUCCUGGAGGAGAAGCUGCUCUGGCACGACGGGCGCUUCACGCCCCUGUACCCGUUCUCCCUGCCGUACUCUGACCUCCCAUGAGACCCCACAUCAACAGAUACUAUUCAUGUUUUCUUCAUGUGUUUAUUAUGUCACACAAAAACAAUAAAUAAUGCCCAUUGUAAUAAAAAAAAAGGUUGUAUUAAAAGUAUUUAAAAAGCAUCAUCUGUAGCUGAAUCUGUGAGGAAGAAGCCCGUUGGCUAAAUCGUUUCUGAUCUCCCAUCGCAGGGCCGAGCGCUUCUUCUCCGUCGGCACCACGUAGGAGUUUGGAACAAAAACCCUCUGAGGUUUAGGCUGCAACAACAACAACAACAACAACACUACGUUUAGUUUGACAUUCAUGGGGAUCCAUUCUGAAAUGUUCCAGUCCAUGGAAGACAAUUGAGCUAAACUGAUAUAUUUAUAUUUGGUGUGUUCGAUACAGCUGAUCCCACAAUAGGUUUUUGGGCAAAUAUGAUCACAGUAUAUAACACGUAUUGCUGUAGUUACAUGCAGUGGGCUACAUUUGAAAUGUUUUCAUUGCCAAAGAGCAACAUUCAACAACAAAUGUCCUACAUCACACGUGUCAAACUCAAGGCCCGGGGGCCAAAUCAGGCCCACAGGAUAAUUUUCUAAUUCCUAUUAGAUCUGGCCCUCCGGUAUAUUG